UCAGUUAACGCACCGACUGUAUUUAUCUUCAGAACUGAACGUGCAAUGGAGGAGUUCUGGGCAUACGAAUUUCUUUCAUUGAAGAAUGUUCGUCCAGCCGUAGUACAGAGUAUGCAAGAUGAUAAGAUUGAUUGUGAAGCGGUGGUGGUCAUGACCGAUGACCACCUGAAAAGGUACUUGCCGGCAUACGGGGACCGAGUAGCUUUGAUGGCCUUUGCCCGGGUGACCUCUAGGAACCAGAACCUAAACCUUGCGACAUCUGCCAUGCCGCCCAGAAGAGAGGGAGCAGGGCCACUUCGUGGCAGACACAUACUGGGUAAUAAACGAGCCGCACGAGUCUCCCGAAGAGUUGAGCUGGGGUGGUUCAACAAAGAUAGGAUCACCCAGCUAUACAAGCAAGUGCGUCUAGUCAAUGGUGGAGGGGCACGGCACCUGUCUGUUCCAAAGAGUUAUACCCUCCAAGAGUGUAAAGCGACGGCCUUGUUGUUUUUUCCUGAUGAUAGGAGAACGUUCGGGAGGCCAACAGAGUUCAGCAUGUCCAUACGUGACUUUAAGGGGGACAUGCUUGAACAACACCUGACUGUAGAGGAUGUGUAUCAGCAUCAGCACACCAAAACUCUCCGUCUUUCUCUGUACACGAGCCACAAGGCCUUCACUCCUGAGUCUACCACUUCUGCUGCUCCCUUAACCCCAAGCCACGCCUCGGCAACUUCAUCAAGUUCUGCCACUUCUGCUGAUCCCUUAGCUCAAAGCCACGCUUCGGCAACUUUGUCAAGUACUACCACAACUGCUGAAGAGAACAAUGUAACGGCCGGAAGCUUAAUCGCUACAGCCUCAUCAAUUAGCAAUGUACCAGCCACAAGCCAUGCCUCUGGAACUUUGUCAAGCUCUAUUACCACAUCUGCUGAGGAGAGGAAUGUUGCUUUCGAAUACCGUACCGUUACACAUGCCGAAAACAUUACCGCUAUAGCCUCGUCAAGCACUACCACAACUGCUGAAGAGAACAAUGUAACGGCCGGAAGCUUAAUCGCUACAGCCUCAUCAAUUAGAAAGAGAAGACCAGCUGAUGCAGCGGUGAAUCAUGCAGAGGAAUCAAGGCCCCAGUCAAUGAUAGAUAUCGUGGACAGUGAGGAUGAAGAGAUUGCACGAGCCAUAGACGCUAGCCUGCGUGACAUGCAGGAACCGAUCAGGUUAGUAUUUCAAGAGCUUUGCUCAUCGUCGUAUUUUGAAGGCGGCGAGGAAUACAAGAUCUUCGCACACAACUUCGAGGGCUUGGAGCGAGAGGAGUACGGGCUUGUAGAAAACCUUGAAGACCUUGAUCAGUUCCAAGUUGACCAUGGGGAUUGGGUGGCCGACCAGGGCUCUGCUUGUUCGAAGAUGAAGCUGCAAGACACAGCCGACGUUGCCAGAGGGCUAUGUUGCAUAUUGUAA